GUGUGUGAGUGGUACAGUCCAGUGAGCGCUCAGCUCAGCGCAGCUCUCUGAACACAGCGCAGGGAGGGAGGGUCAACAUGGCGUCCGAGCAGGAAAGCUCGAAUGGGCCAGUGAAGAGGUCCAUGCGGGAGAAGGCCAUUGAGCGGAGGACUGCGAAUAAAGAACACAACAGUAACUUCAAGGCUGGAUAUGUCCCCAUAGAGGAGGAGAGACUGCACAAGACGGGGCUGAGGGGUCGAAAGGGCAACUUUGCCGUGUGCUUCAUCGUCCUGCUCUUCCUGCUCGCGCUCAUUAAUCUCAUUAUAACUCUGGUGAUCUGGACAGUAAUUCGAAUAGGUCCCAAUGGCUGCGACAGCAUGGAGUUCCAUGAGAGUGGUCUGCUGCGUUUCAAACAGAAGGCUGAUAUGGGCGUGGUCCAUCCGCUACACAAGAGCACUGUGGGAGGGAGGAAGGACCAGGACCUCGUCAUCACUGGCAACAACAACCCGGUAGUGUUCCAGCAAGGCAACACCAGGCUCAGCGUUGAGAAAGACAAGACAUCUAUCACCAGUGAUUUAGGCGUUUCAUUCACAGACCCACGCACUCAAACUACAUUCUUCAGCACAGACUUCGACAACCACGAGUUCCACCUGCCCAAACAGGUCAAGGUUCUCAACGUGAAGAAAGCCUCCACAGAAAGGAUCACUAGCAACGCAUCCUCUGACCUCAUGAUCAAAGGUGACGGCAAGGCAAUCAUCCGAGGCAACGAGGGUGUCUUCAUUAUGGGCAAGACCGUCGAGUUCAGGAUGGGCGGUGAUAUCGAGCUCAAAGCUGAGAACAGCAUUGUCCUGAACGGCUCAGUGAUGUUCAGUCCGUCCCGUAUUCCAAACACCUCUUCGGGCAGCGAGCUGUACUUCGAUGAGGGUCUGGAGAGGUACAAGCUGUGCAUGUGUGCUGACGGGACUCUGUUCAGAGUUCAGGUCAAAUACCACAACAUGGGCUGCCAAACAUCAGACAACCCCUGUGGAGCGGCACCACACUGAGAGAAGGGGAACGCCACUGGAAAUGUUCACACACACACACACACAUACACACACACCUGUCUGUAUUAUAGAGAAUCCCUGUAAAUAUCAGUUACAGAGAUUUGGGCUGUCAGUAUCUAUCUAUCGCUAACUAUGUCCAUAAUUGAGUAAUCUACUGAUUAUUUUUACAAAUAAUGGGACAGUCUGUUUUUUUUUAAAGGCCAAAUGGGAUGAUUGGAUUAAGUGAACAGUAUCAAACCAUUCAUGAUUUUCCAAAUUACAAAACAUUGCGUUUGGAAAAAGACAAACUAGAACAUCCUUAAAAAUACACUGCUAUUCAAAAGUUUGGAAUCGCUCUCUAAAAGUUUGGAAUAAUAUAAUACCAGUUUAGUUGCAGAUAAAUGUAUGAGAUUGUUCUAAUAUGCUAGUCCUGUGCAACUUCUCAGAAUUGAAAUAAAUAGUAUGAUGCUGUAAAUAGAAAUUAUGACACCCUAGAUGUGUCCAGAAUGAUGAAUGGAACGAAGUAGAAGUUCUAAAAUAACUAUGAAAGCUGUAGAUCUAGAAAUAGAAAUUUUAAUGAAUCAUUUUUGAUAAUGGAGGUUAGUUGAGUAAUCGUGACAGCCCUGCAGGAGAUGGCUGUGUAUUUCACAAGAUUCACAGCCAUGCUUAAAUACAGCUCCAUCCACUGACAUGAUUAUAUAAAACCAUACCUACUAACAGACCUCAUCACCUUAUGAUGUGUGUUCAUCUCACACACAGUCUGAAACUGGCACAUACACUCUCACACAUUCAUAUAAUGUUCACUCAUAACCAUAAACCUUAUCAUGCAUAAGCACUCCCUCUUUUAUUAUAAUGUUUUGGCCAAAGAACUCUCUGACUUUUAUCACUAAAGCCAACUUCAGUAGGAAUAAAUAAUGCAUUUUUUUGUGGAAUGCGGUAUCAGGGAAGGUCUUUAGAUGUUUUAGAGGUGGGCAAAUGUCAUAUAUUUAGAUAGAAGAUUGCAAAAAACAAGAAUUUUGUUUUACGAGUGUGAUGACUCAUGCUUAAUAUCAACAGUGACAUAAACUAACAAGGUAAAAAGGUCAUUUUUAAUGUCAGAUUGACUUUGUCACCUCUGCAAUCUUUUACAGACUUUGAGCUUCCUGCCCUUUCGCAUCACUUUUGUUUUUGUUUUGUUUUGUUUUGUUUUUAAUGAAGGAUUUAUGAAGAUUUCUGUUGGAUGUAUUUAUAAGCAGCCUGGGCAGUAUUAUAGCAGUGUUUACCAAGCCUUUGUGGAGUGACUGACAUUGUAACAUGAAAACAACAAAGUUUCUCUAAUAUAGCACCUUCAGGACUUUCUGCUUCAUCAAACAGGAAUCAGCCCUCCUGCUAAACUCAAGCCUGUCGUUCUUCUUGUUCAGGCAAAUAAGAAAAGUGAACUGUAACAGGAUUUACUUUGUCCAGCAAUUUCAGCACAUUCAUGAUGAACGCCAUCACUGAGAUUCACUCCACUCGCGUCUUCCUCAGUGAAACUUUCAUCUUUUUGUGGAGCUAGAGCCUGUACUGCAUCGGGUCUUACAUCCCUUCAUAGCAGUGGUUCCCAGCCUGGUCCUUAGGACCACCCAUGCAGUCCACAUUUUUGCUCCAACCCAAAUUGCAGCACAUAGGGAUGAUGGAAGAAUGUGGACCAAUCUGGGAGCCCCUGUGGGCUGGGUUGGGAACCACUGCUUCAUAGGAUAUGUUCCACUGUUUUUUGUGUAUUCACACAGGUGUAUUUAGGCAGCUAGUCCUGGUAACAGAUGCCUUGAGUAAAUUUGCACCUGAAUAGAAUGGAAUCUGAUUGGUUUCCCAUCCAAGCCAAUCAGAUACCUUUCUGAAGAUUGUCCUGUUUGUGCAACCAUCAAACAAAAAGUUUAUCUUAGAUGUAUAGUUUGCUAGCUUGCAAAGUUUCUCAGCUAUAAAAUGGAAAUUAACCCUUGUGUGGCUUUGAUGUGUUUGUUACUCAGUGGUCUGGCGGACCCACCACAUUAUUUCUUUUUAAAUCAAUACAGUCAGAACCAUUUAUGUAAAAUAUCAGAUGUUUAAAAUAUCAAAAGUGACCAGCGUAGGGUUCUCCUUUAGCAGCUGUAGCCAGUCAGCAGCGUGUCCAUGUUGUCCCCCCUCACAGACACACACACAAACACACACACACACACACACACACACACUAACAGCAGGCCGUGUAGGAGGAGAACAGAGUGAAGGACACAGCACCUCCACACUUUUACUCCCCGCGGUUUCACCCAACACCACAUGUGUAAUAUAAAUGUGUGGGGGCUGAACAGAGUGAAGACACUGAAAAUGUGUUAUUUUAUAUGUUCUUCACAGAAAAUGAGCAAAGACCAAGAAAUCUGGGGUUGAAAUAAUAAUAAAUUACAUCAUUUUACUUUCGGUAAACAUUGAAAAUGGGUCCCACAGACCUGAACACCACACAAGGGUUAAAGAGCAUGAAUUUAAAAUCAAUUUUGAACAUGUCCUUUAUGGCUGUGAUUGACUAGAAAAAACAGACAUCCUUCAAGAAAGAGGGCUGAUUCCAUUGCAGUGGCUACAUGAAUCCAGGCAAAAUUAUAUCUUCUGAAAUUCAAGACUUGUUGGCAGCUGAAAGAAGUGAUGCAUUAAUGUUACUUGAUCUGCAUUUGUUCAUCAUUUACACAAGAAUGAGAUACAUUACAUAAACACAGUUAUUACCAAAAGUAAGCAAAUGGAAAGACUAAAUGUGUUGAUGUGAUAUUUUGUCAGUGUGGAAAUGAUUUGAUCAAGUAAAUUCAGUGCAUCGGUUUUGCAGACUCAGAACAAAUUUCAGCUCAUUUCCCAAGGAGCCUUUUCGCAGUGUUGAGUGCUUAACUGUGCUGAGAUGUGCAGGCAGACUUUGUCUGGUGUUAGGAAGGAUGGGGUAUUUGCAAUAUCACUUAAGUCUUCUACAGUAUGCAAGAAUGAAAGUGUGGAAGCAAUUAUGAUAGUAUUCUGGAUUGGGUUACAGUAUUUUAAAACAUCUCGUUACCACUAUAGAGAUAUUUAACACUUCAUAUAAUGCUGUGUUACUGUUUUGACAGUGUUCUUCGCAAACCUGUGUGUUGUCAUGACUUCCCUUCUUGCCUGUGCCACAUACUUGUUUUUCAGAUUUUUUACAGUUUUUACUCUCAACCGUAAACACUGAAUUGGAGUAAGCAUGGUUGAGCAUCUCCGUCCUACACCUGCUAUUGUUUUGCACCAGAUUUUAAGUCUAUAAUACAUAUAUACAGAUACAUAUAAAAGCUGAUAUGUUACAGUUUCAUCUGAAGUGUCUUGCAUUAAAAGUGCCCAGUUAAAUGUAAGUUUUUCAGAGUGCCAUACGAAUAAAAGUAUUUUACGCUUGUGCUGCAAAAACGGGCAUGAAUGCACUUCAGCUUAAUGAAGUUAUUUUUUCAGCUGAUGCGGACGCGUGUUGUGAUUUGAAUAAUACCUUUUGAUAAGAUGACCGUAGAAAGCAUCUGUGUUUAAUUUGCUUGAUAUUUUGUGCAAUAUAAGGCUUAUUCAUGUGUUUGGGUCUCAGUGUUCAUGUGUGGUAUUUAUUUGAUGUAUUUUUCUGUUUGUUUUGUUAAACUCCAAAGUGUUCAGAUGACCGUACUGCAUUUUUACUAACGGCUGUUAACUCUGCAUCAUGUUUAAGUCGUUUUUAUCUUCAUCUGAAAUGGAGAGGUUUGUUCUAUUGGUUUGGUGUUGUGUGUGCACAGACAGGCAGUUGUGCAGCUCCAUUUUUAAGUGGUAAAAACAGUUACAUUUUUCAUGGCAGUGUUUGCAUUGGAUACAAAUAAAUAAAUAACUACAAAAAAAUAAAUGUUGGAUUAAUUUU